GCGCCCGCCAGUCGCCCGCCCGACAGGGUUAGGUUAGGUUAGAUUUUUUGGCUCAAAACGCUCGUUGGGAAUUUUUUGAAAAGUAUUUUAUAUGUUCAUUGCUAGGAGAAGGCGGUCUUCUUACAGCUUAACUAGCGACAGUUCGUCGCAAUUUUUGAAUCAGAGCACGUGUCUCCCGACUCUAGUCGGAUUCCAAUUUGAAUUCGGGAAUUUAGCAUUCGAUUCCAUCAAAGCUUUUAUCUAUAUUUAAUUGUUUUCGGGCGUUUUGUGGCAAGCUGGGGGGCGAGCGCAGUACUCAUUCUCCGUAUCUUUUACAGAUCCAGACGAUGGCAUAAAUUAUUUUUUUAUUAAUCUAAUGAAUUCAAGAUUUUUCCUUUUUCUACAAAAAAGACUUUAGUGAUUUUGUGACGUGUUGUGAUUUAUUUUAUUCGUUAUUUAGAUAUUUUUUGUUUGGACACUCUGGUGUUUUAUCCCUUUUAUUUGGUGCAUCAUCUUUGGCAGAUUUCCUCAAGAUUUAAUUAGUGAAGAAGUUGGCUAAGAAGGUCUUGUUACGCGUUACGAUCGUCAGUCCGAACACAUGACUCCAUAAUCCGUGCGACACAAACGAUAUCAUAAUCAGACAAGAUGGUGGACACACAGCAUUUCUGUCUGCGCUGGAACAACUACCAGAGCAGCAUCACCAGCGCCUUUGAGAACCUAAGGGAUGACGAGGACUUUGUCGACGUCACCCUCGCCUGCGACGGCAGGAGCCUCAAAGCUCAUAGGGUCGUGCUGUCUGCAUGCAGCCCUUACUUCAGGGAGCUCUUAAAGUCGACGCCAUGCAAGCACCCAGUGAUCGUGCUCCAAGACGUGGCCUUCACGGACCUGAACGCGCUCGUCGAGUUCAUCUAUCACGGCGAGGUGAAUGUGCACCAGCGCAGCCUUUCCUCCUUCCUCAAGACCGCUGAGGUACUGCGCGUCUCCGGACUCACGCAGAAUGAUGACGCUCAAGGGCCGCUCCUCCAGAACUUAACACGCGCGGCAGCCGCGGCGGCAUCGUCCCCGCGCACGCCGCCGCAUCCCGUGCACACGCCGCAUACGCCACACACGCCGCACACCCCACACACGCCCGGCUAUACCGACAAACUCGAGGAAGCACUGCUAUCGCACCCGCCAGCCGCCGCUCAGGCUCUGCUGCGUCGCGCCCCACCGCCGCCGCGUCGCAUCAGCCGCUCCGCCGACAACUCGCCAGACGUUAUCAAACGCAUCCGUCACGACAACAAUAACGACCAGCCGCAGAUACACGCCGCCGAUUUCUCCACCAAGAACCACUCGAUGGUGAACAACGCGCGCGCACACGACCAGGGCAAUGGGAACGGCAUCUCCAACUCUUCCUCCUCGCCCUCCCCACGCCUCGAGGACGUCAAACAUGAGCCCAUCGACAUGAUCUGCGCCUCCAACGCGGACCUGGACCGCAGCGCUGAUGAUACACCGCCGCACUCGCACCACCGCUCCAUGGGCGGGCCGCCGUCACGCGGCAGCUCCGCAGAUGCCGACGACCGCACGCCGCCGCCGCAGUUGCCGCCCUCGCCCUUCAUCCCGCCGGCCGACACCAAGCUCUUUGCCCCAUCUAACACUUACAACUUUAGCAUGGCGGCUCUCACUGAACAUUCAUCUUUGGCGGGUCUGCCGAGCCCACUGGCGCCCGACGGCAUGGCGAGCACGUCUCAAGUGGGCCCCCUGGGCGCGGGGCACCGCUGCGAGGUGUGCGGCAAGCUGCUGUCCACGCGGCUCACGCUCAAGCGGCACACGGAGCAGCAGCACCUGCAGCCGCUGCACUCGGCGCGCUGCAGCCUCUGCCACAAGGUCUUCCGCACGCUCAACUCGCUCAACAACCAUAAGAGCAUCUACCACCGGCGCCAGCGCGCGCUGCCCGCUCUGCCCGCACUACCCGCGCAGACGCAGCCGCAGAACCUCACCACGCAGGACCCCAAGCUCGCGCACAACAUCGACUUCUACAAGUUCAAAGACCACUUCAACGUCUAAUCUCAAACUUUACAAUCAAUCGCAAUAUCUUUUUGAAUUUAUGUCUUCUUUUUAAUUAUUAAUAUUAGAUCAUUUUAAUAUAUCUUAGACGAUUUAUAUUUUGAACUGGACCGUGGUCUUGUUGUAAAAGUUGCCUAAUGAUUCUAUUUACAUUAUUUGUUUAAUCUUUGAACUGUAGGAGUGUAUGUAUGUUGGCGCGGGGACUUACGUGACAUCACAAUUAGUUAUACCACAUUCCAAACGACGAAAGAGAGGAUGAAGUUGGACGAUUUAAAGUUUAAAUUUUUUGAGAAUUGUUAUCAAAUCGUGCCACUUUCACGUCCGCAAGGUGCAAUACUGCGCUGCGGUAUGUGAUAUAUUCCUGAUUUUUACACUAUGUUAAUGUGUGACAAUAAGGCGAAGAGAAAAAUAAUAUUUUGAGAAAAGAGAAAAAUCUUGGUGCUGUAAAUUUAUAUAUUAGGCUUAAAUUUAUAAAAAAAAAAGAGAAACAGUGUUCGUUAUAAGAAACAAAAGAGGCAUAUUGUUUGAAACAUUGUGUUCAUUUUCGGCGUUUUGCAACUUUAUUUAUUCUGUAUUUUACCUUCAUGAUCUCACACUUAGAUAUUUAUACGAGAUUACUAAAAAUCUAUUUAAAGUUAAUUAAAAAAAAAAUUAUAUACACAGAUAUAUAAUUGGCUAAUGAGGCUUUCAAAUUUAUAUUUUAUUUAGGUGUUUUCUUUUUGUUCAUUGACUAAGACUGAAACAAUCGGAGAAAACAUAGCACCAAUAGACGACAAGUUUCUUUGGAAAUGACCCGCGGGCCAUUGUCACUCAACCACACACACACACAAACACACACAUACAAUACAAUACCAGUAUACCAAUACCAGUACCAACACAUAACCUAGACAGAAAGUAAAAAUCCACCGAACAAUACACAUACCACAGAUAUAAAAAAAAAUCUUUUUUUUUUCAAAGUCGACGUAGUUUUCAUUUUAUUUAUUUUAUUUUAUGGCUUCUCUUUCUAGUCGACUAUAUUUUGUCUCUGGCUAUCUUUUUAUAUUUUUUUUUGUUAUAUUCGAUGCACAGACAGAAGGAUUACUUAGCAAAGUAAAUCGCAAAGUGCCAUUUAUGCAAAUGAAUUAUGGCUAUUUGAAUAUUAUAUAUGUUUUUAUUUUUAUUUAGUAAAGAUGUUUAGUUACUUUUCAAGCGUAAGUUUUAACGCACACUUGUGUUCGUUUCUAUUAUUUUUUUUUAUUAUUUUUUUUUUAUCGUUGAUAAUUCUUUUCACGUUUCUAUAUUUAAAUUAUUAUUAUCUGUACUCUAUUUGAACGGUUAUUACGUUAAAAAUUUGUUGCUAUUACGUUUUAAAAUUAUAAGCAAUUGACGUAAUAAUGAUUAAAAAAAUAAAUUAAAUUGUAGAUGAUAACUAUUAAAUUGUAAUAACUCUCAGUGUUAAAUGUUCCUAAAUUUGAACAGUGAAUAUUUUUCCUUUACGACGUCUCGCUUGCCAUACAUAGUGUUAAUCGAUUUUACUAUUGCAAACGGGCAUUUUAUAUACUAGUCUAGAUUCAGAAAGCUCACAUAAAUACUACAUAGAUUAUAAAAAAAAAUUACGAUAGUGUUUUUCAUUCGAUGUACAUCGCUUUUCUCUCGUCUCCACAGCGCGUGUUACAUAGACUUUGUGUUAGAUAAACCUGUACAGCCAAUUCCUUCCGUUUCUCUAUGUGCUUGUAGUAAGUCAAUGUCUCCUAUAUCUUCUGGAUCUAGACUUUCGCGUUAAUAUUAAUCCAUAUGUAGAUUUGGUUAUAUAUAAUACAUUAUAUGUUUUCGUUACACAACUAUACUCUACAUAUAUAGUUCAAUUAACACAUCACUACAUAUGUAUAUCUAUCCCGACUCAUAUUGUCGGAUAAAAACUAUUGUUAUUUUUCCUUUUUUAUUUCAUAGCAAUAAGAAUUUUUUUAAUCUAAGUGUAAAUGUAAAACAUAAUU